AAUCGAUUCAGGAACCAGAUCGAAACCGAGCAAGAAAAUAAAAGAGCACUCACUCCUCUCUAUGCUCCGCUCUGCUAAUUGGAUCUCCCAUUUCUGAGUGCAAAACUAUUCACUCUGAUCUUUAGCCAGCUUGUUUGGUUAGGACGAUGAAUUUUCUGCUGCGCUCUACAACGACGACGCAACAUGCAGUGCCAGAGCAGGAAUCUCCCGCAGCCACGAGCUUUUUACCGAAACCUUCUACAACCUUGGAAGGUCUUAUCGCUGAGGAUCCGUACCCGCGGUAUUCAGCGGUUGAUGAUCGUGAUGGAGAGACCGAAAGUGCUGGAGAUGAAAAUGGCGGCGGCAUUGAGGGUUCUAGUGAGAAGAAUGACUCUCCUGCUGUAGAGAACUACACCGAUGUUUCUGAAGAAGAAGGAUGGAUCACCAUUCCUUACAAGGAACUCCCUGAUAACUGGUACGAUGCACCAGAUAUACAUUCAUUAUGCUCACUGGACCGCUCCUUUGUUUUUCCCGGCGAACAGGUACAUGUCCUGGCAUGCUUGUCAGCAUGUAAGCAGGAUACAGAAAUUAUUACACCAUUUAAAGUUGCUGCUGUGAUGAGUAGAAGUAGAGGACAAAGCCCUGAGAAAAAAAAUGGAAACUAUGAAGACAAAAUGACUUCAGUGGCUGGAGAUAGGGAAGUGAGUCCUGAUAGGCAAGUUACAGAUCAGAAUGGUGAAAACUCAGCAGAAGAGAAGAUGGAUUUAAAAAAAGAUAUUUCAGCAAGUGAAUCAUUGCUUAGAAUGGAAGAUCACAAAAGACAAACUGAAACAUUGUUGCAAAAAUUCAAGGACUCCCAUUUUUUUGUUAGAAUUGCAGAGUCAGGUGAGUCACUUUGGUCAAAGAAGAGUUAUCCUGAGAUAUCUUCUGAAUUCCCUGAGACAGAUGGUCAAAAGUCUGGUGCCAGUGGAACCAAAAAAGCUACAAGAAACAUAUCUCGUGUUAGUGCAGUUAUUGAUAGAGGAAAUUUUGAUGCCAAUGUCUCUGGUGGAGUGGCAAGAAAUUCGGUGAAGUGCUGCUCACUUUCUAAUGGGGACUUAGUGGUGCUUUUACAAGUGAAUGUUGGUGUUGAUUUCUUGAGAGACCCUGUCAUUGAAAUUCUUCAAUUUGAGAAAUAUAAGGAAAGAAACCUGUAUUCUGAGAACCAGGACAAUUUAAUGAAUGCAAAUCAUGAUCCAUGUGGAGAAUUAUUAAAAUGGUUGCUUCCAUUGGAUAACACUGUUCCUCCUCCUGCUCGUUCUUUAUCUCCUCCUGCUAUGAGUCCUGCUACAGGAAUUGGCAGCACUCAUCCCAAGUCUGCCUCUUCUGGCUCUCAGCUCUUCUCCCAUUUUAGAAGUUAUUCUAUGUCAUCACUUCCUCAAAAUACCACACCUCCUUCUGUACCUGUUAAAGCCCAAAGUUCUAAGCCAUCCUUUGAUCUUGAUGAUUGGGAUCAAUUCUCAUCUCAGAAACUGUUUAAGGGUCAAAGAAAUAAAACUGAAGGGCUUUUAUCUUUUCGGGGUGUAUCAGUGGAGCGAGAAAGAUUUUCUGUUCGUUGUGGACUGGAAGGCAUAUAUGUUCCAGGAAGAAGGUGGAGGAGGAAACUUGAAAUAAUUCAACCCGUUGAAAUUCAUUCUUUUGCUGCUGACUGCAAUACAGAUGACCUUCUUUGUGUUCAGAUAAAGAAUGUUUCUCCUGCACAUACACCAGAUAUUGUGGUAUAUAUAGAUGCUAUAACAAUUGUGUUUGAGGAGGCGUCAAAAGGUGGACCAACUUCAUCAUUGCCGAUUGCAUGUAUUGAAGCUGGAAAUGACCACUGCUUGCCAAAUUUAUCACUCAGGAGGGGUGAAGAACACUCUUUUAUUCUAAAACCAGCAUCUUCAAUGUGUACGGAUCGGAAAGCUUAUGGUGAAAGAAGUUCUCGAUCGUCGAGUUUGCACCUUCCUUCCAAUACUUUUGAAGGAAAGAGGAGUGCUUCAAGUGCUGAUCAGUAUGCAAUUAUGGUAUCUUGUCGGUGCAACUAUACUGAGUCAAGAUUGUUUUUCAAGCAACCAACAACAUGGCGACCACGCAUCUCAAGGGAUCUCAUGAUCUCUGUUGCAUCUGAAAUGUCAAGACAAUCUUCUGGGCCGAAUGAUGGAAUCACACAGCUUCCAGUCCAGGUCUUAACUCUUCAGGCAUCAAAUUUGACAUCCAAAGAUCUGACUUUGACAGUUCUUGCUCCAACCUCAUUUACUUCUCCUCCUACCGUGGUGUCCUUGAAUUCUACACCAUCAUCACCUUUGAGCCCCUUUGUUGGAUUUUCUGAGUUUGCAGGAAAAGUAAAUGAUGACCGACGCGGUAAUGCACUACAGAAGCUGAGCUCUGUACCUCUAGUAUCAGAGAAUCAGAAGCAGAAUGGUGAUGGUGGAGUUCAGUCUGUUUUGUUUAACAAGCAGUCUUCUCCUGUAUCGGAUGUCAUACCGAGUACUGGUUUGGGUUGUACACAUCUGUGGUUGCAGAGUAGAGUUCCAUUAGGAUGCGUUCCUUCUCAUUCUACGGCUACAAUCAAGCUUGAGCUGCUUCCAUUGACUGAUGGCAUAAUUACACUUGAUACCCUACAGAUUGAUGUUAAGGAGAAAGGUGUUGCUUAUAUCCCAGAGCAGUCACUGAAGAUUAAUGCGACUUGCAGCAUCUCCACAGGGAUAAUUUAGGAUGUAUGUAUUGGAAGUUGUGUUUCCUAUAACAUUUUUAUACACAAAACACAGGAAAGAAAUAGGAAGAGCUAUCGUCCAGCAUUUUUAGCGGCAAGGUAUAUAUGGUUUCCCUGCUCAAGUAGCAGGAACUGUGAUGUUGAUUUGUUUGAAAAAGUAAAAUAGCCUCGUAUCAUUGUCAUGUGUUUGUAAACAAUGAUCCUGUGAACCACAUUUGUUAUAUACCAUUUAGUGGAAAAAAAAAAAAAAUGUGCACGUUUUGUAGAUGAAUCUGAUGUUGUGAAUUGUACCCAAUACUGCUAAUUUACAGCAGAGAGAAGUGACAAUAAUUUGUUGUUUGGUGGGACGGUCUGACCCACAUUGAGUUUGUGGAAAAUUGCUAGAUUUUAAUUCUUAUUAUGGUUCGAGGUUGUAAUGGUUUCAUCUGUAAAAUUAUGUGCAUCUUGUACUUCAACUCUUAAUAUUCGUUUAAAUUAAUUUACUCCAG